AUGCCUGCCUGCUCCUCCACUCCACCACUGCUGUCGACAUGGGGUUCACAGUCCUCAUCGUUGGUCUGCUCGGGCUCCUCGCAGCUCCUGGCUUUGCUUACACUAUCAACAUCAAUGGUGACAGCAAUGUAGACGGAAGUGGACAGCAGUCGGUGAGCAUCAACGGUGUGCACAACGUGGCCAAUAUUGACAACAAUAACGGCUGGGACUCCUGGAACAGCCUCUGGGACUAUGAAAAUAGUUUUGCUGCAACGAGACUCUUUGCCAAGAAAUCAUGCAUUGUGCACAAAAUGAAUAAGGACGCCAUGCCCUCCCUUCAGGACCUCGAUACACUGGUCAAGCAGCAAAAGGGUAAAGGGCCCGAGGGAGCAUCUCCCAAGGACUUGAUGUACUCCAUCAACCCUACCAGAGUGGAGGACGUGAAUACAUUCGGGCCGAAGAUUGCUAGCAUGUGCCGGGGCAUCCCUACCUAUGUGGCUGAGGAGAUUCCAGGACCAAACCAGCCUUUGUACUCAAAGAAGUGCUACACAGCUAACAUACUCUGGAUUCUGCGCAUGUCCUUCUGUGAAACAUCAGUGGAAACAUACUAGAAGUCACAGAAAGACAAAAUGUGGGCUCUGACCAUUGCAAUACCUAAUUAUGAGAAUGUUCUCGGAGAGUUAUGAUUAGCUUCUUUAAGGUUCAAUAAACCCACCUGGCAGCACAA